UGAGAAGUUUCAGUCAUCGGGGGUUUCAACGUUUUACCUCUUUUCAAUCAAAAGCAGAUCUGGACCUGGCUCUCCGCACGCUUGUAUAGCUUCAUGCCCAUGCCAACAUCGUGUUCUGAACUUCUAGCAUAUCCUUGCCAUGUCCCUAGCUCCGCCAGUACUAUGGCCCUCCUCUCUAUCGGAUUCAAUCGCUGGAUCCGGAAGCUCCGGUUCCGGCUACCAAGUGAGUCCGUGAGUUCGGGCCUUUUGAUUGGCGCUCAUUACAGUGUCUGCCGAUUUGGUGUGUCUUCGGACGUAGAAGCUAUAGCGCACUGCAGGGUGCUAAAUAUUCAACACUGUUCAAGGAAUAUCCUCUCUUGUACUCCCCCUGACGCUUGUCUGCCUGUGUGCCACAGUCCUGAGUGCCACAUGUACCUUACUUCACUCAUACAGACAUUCAGUUGCACAAGACGUCGAAAAAUCCCGGACUGUAUUGGCAUCAAAUUUCUAGAAUGUUUUCAUCUCUAUUUUGUACGUACUAAGUGCAGGCUCGAAGUGAUAAGCUUCUGCACUGAUUUGGAUGUUGGCCGGUGUGACAUAAAAGUAGCCAACGACCCCUGGCGACGUGCGUAUGUUGUUUUUCAGACACUCAACGCCAAUCGGACAUGAAGAACAGGUUGAAUGCUGCACGGCAUGAUGUUCUCACCGAGCUGGCAGGUUUAAUGACGCUUCCUGGUUGGCCUCAUGAGAAAAAACUUUUGUUACUGUGGCAAAGAACUU